AUGAAGGCCAGGGCAAGGCCAGGGCAAGGCCAGGGCAAGGCCAGGGCAAGGCCAGGGCAAGGCCAGGGCAAGGCCAGGGCAAGGCCAGGGCAAGGCCAGGGCAAGGCCAGGGCAAGGCCAGGGCAAGGCCAGGGCAAGGCCAGGGCAAGGCCAGGGCAAGGCCAGGGCAAGGCCAGGGCAAGGCCAGGGCAAGGCCAGGGCAAGGCCAGGACAAGGCCUGGGCAAGGCCGUAGUACUAUCAAACUCUAG